GGUAAUGAUGACGACGGCCGCUGUGGUAGAGAUUCCAUCAAGUCAUCACAAACACCACCAUCCGUACGACCGCUGUUGUCGAAUGGUGGUACUAUUACUACUGCGCUCGCUGCAGUGCUCAUCCCAUGGCCGUGUUGCUAGCUACUUUAUCACUGCGUGUAGUGCUGAAAAUCGGAGCCCGACUCGCACGCGGUACCCCGUAACUGAAGCUGAAGCUGGCUGGUACAUGUGAGAGUUAGUUCAAAGAAGAGGACGACGUUGCUCGCACGGCGACAACGACAACGACGAUGAUAGCGGGGCGGAGGGGCAGUUGUGUGGCUAUAAACCAGUGCAUUAUGGACGCACGUCGCCGUUCUUCUUUGUUUCAGUGAUCUUUUUUUCUAGCUGUUGUGCAUAGUAGAGAAGCUCAAGUGACCGCAGUCGAUAGUUACAACGAAAAAUGGAAUAUGAAACUACGCAGGUUUCUACUAUUCCUAUAAAAUGAUAUUACGGUGUAGUAUUGCGUUUCUCUUCGAAUUGUCUAUUCCUCGGACCCAUUACGAUCCUACAUAUUCUGUCCAGCAGAACAAAGGUGCCGUCUGUCGAAAGUUAGCCCGCUGAAAAUAAGUAAAAAGUUACGUGCCUAUGUGAGUAUAUUUGUGCAUUUCUAACAACUCCGCGGUCAUCAGUUCACAAAUGGGUAAACAUUAAAGAAGCCGAAGCCAACAAGCGAAAUACUGUUAUCCAUCCUAUUGCAAUUGUUAUUAUGGAUACGGUGGACGUAACGUGCAGAAAAAUCAGCAUACAGUUUUCUAAAAAAUAAGAAAAAUUUACGCGCGUCCUACUAUCUUGAGGAUAACAUUCAUCUCGGCAAAAUAUCUAGAUGCGUAAGUGAGGAAAGCGCGCGUUACAGGCUGCGGCUGUCUGCGUAUCGUCGAACAGACUAUUCGUAGUUUCACUGUGUUCGUUACCGAGAUGACCUGACCACGGUCUUCGCUUUAGAGGCGCAUUAAGCCAAGUUGUUAAUACUAUAAAUUAUCUAGUCAAAUUGUAUUUAGUCUAAUUGGAGUACUGCUUUGAUGAGGACGUGGACACGUCAGAUUGAUAUCAUUCCAAGUGCCGUGUUCGCAGCAGAAUCCUUAUCAAGCAAAAGUAAACGUACCGCUAGAAGGCUAUUUCUGUAGAUUGAUCUACAGAAAAACAAAAAACGUGUCGUCUUUAUCAUCACGUAGAGAAAGCACCAGCUAUCACUGUUACUUUUUUUUUUUUUGCUGUAUUGUGAUGAUUGCGCGCACUCCUUUACGAGACCAUUGGCUAUUCUAGGGUCCCGCUAGACAGUCGAUUACCGUGACAAACAUAUUAACAAUGAAAUGUAGAAAGAGUUAUUGGUCACUAUUCGAAGGGCCCUUUGGCAAGACUGAAGGUUCUUAAAUAGCAACAGGAACACUACGUAAAGUCAAAUGAACGGAUAGUUCAAUAUUAGCGACAAAUGAACAACUGUUCUUUCUCUCCAAGUUAGGCAAUCUAGAAAUUGGAUUCUUAAUGUGAUAAUUAAUAUCAUCAAGUUAUUAUCGAGCGGGACGAAGUCCAUCAGUCACUGAAGUAAUGAGUGCACUAGCCGGCAUCACGGCUUUACCUUAGACAACACCUUAUUGUGGGACAGCGUAAAACUGAGAAUAAAAUGAAUGAGUUCAUUAAGUGACUGAAUACUCCUCUCAUCGUUGAUGGGUAUUUCAAAUACAUUUUUAACCAUUUGAAAGCAUUGUUAAAAUCUAUUGCCCGACACGUAUCUCCAUAUAAUCGAAUAUGGUAACAACGGAAAGCGAGAAGCGGGUUCAUCAGCGGCCGCUGAAGAUACAGAAUUGGUGUCAUCUAUUAACGUUAGACAGACCGAGAUAAAGGUGCAUUGGUCAAACGUAACUAGAAAAAUAUUGACGGAGAAGCUUCACUUAGUCACAAAAACCAUAUGAUCAUUGAACUGAACUAUAAAAAUCAAUUCGGAGGUGAAAUUCAUUGUUAAAUAGGAACCCAGUUGUUGUUUCGUGUCGGUAUGGAUCCAUCAAAGCUCAAUUUGGUCGUCGCAACGGCUGCUUUACAGAAUAUGGGUUAUAGCCCGGAACGGCUACGUCAACUAUUUGAAAGCUCGCGACUUCUUACCAAAGAGCAUCCAAGAGAGGCCGAAAAUGAUCCAGGAUACUUUGAAGGUUCAGGACGUUUGUCAAUUGACGGCUCUUCUGUAGCCCGAUACAACCCCACAUUUGACCAGUUUAAAUGCGUCUACUGCGGUGUGACUGGAGGCGUCACCCGAACGGCAGAACAUUAUCUAACAGAACACGUCGAUCUUGCAAGUCGAGCUGCUGCAGCUGCGCCAAAUAUCACAGACUCGUCUACAUCAACAGCGGGACAGCUUUUCCGGUGUCCAAAGUGCACCUACACUUCUGACUGGCCUAGGUGUGUACGAAUGCACCUUAACAAACAGCACGGACUGGCUGAUAUCCCGUCGUCCCUAUGGGCCGAGACCCAUCCUUUACUGGGAGAGACUAUCAAACUGCUCGAGGAACUCAAAAGUCUCGUUACUUCAUAUAUAGCAGUCGCCAAUAGAAAUUCAAGCACACACUCGCCACCCAGCACUUCGUUAACCGAUUCCUCCACCCGAUUUGCCUGUCAUAACUUAGCUAAAUUGAGCACCAAUGUCGUUGCCAACCUUGGAAAUCUGGCGAACUUACAUAGUCAUCUAAGCAAGAAGGACCCGGCUACUGUCCCUAACCACGGAACUAACGUCUCUAUGCCGACACUUCGAACCAUUGAUACUCCAUCAACAUCUCUAACCAGCAGUACUGCUCGUCCGGCUGCUUCUUAUGCUGUAUGCAACACUUCUACUAGCAGCGACAGCAGCAGCUUACAGGCAUCGUCAACACAGGAUUCGAUAAAAUUCAAUAACACCACCGUUACGGUGAAAACGGUACUUGAGAAGGCGACGUCUACGAACUGUAACAGUAAAACAUUGCUCACAUCGAGCUCGUCGAUUUUGGUUUCGCCAAACCUUAUUUCUACACCGAAUAGCGGAAACAAUAGCAGCGUAACAGCAAUUGUGUCUGGAGUAAACCCUUCGACAACCCUUGUUAAAAAGAGAUAUACAUGCGAGCAAUGCGCGUAUUCAACGGAUCGGCGUGAUCUCUAUAACCGACACGAGAAUAUCCACAAAGAAGACAAGCCGUUCCACUGCUACGUCUGCCACAAGCUGUUCAACCGCGCGGAUCACGUCAAGAAGCACUUUCUGCGCAUCCACAAGGGGAGGCCGUACAACGUGGCCCUUAUUCGUCGCCGGGGAAUUACGUCUGUCGGUAACAACAAUAACAAUCAAUUGGUAGUACCUAGUCCCGCACCGGUUAGCACUGCCGCCUCGUCGCUUCCGGCUCAAAUGGCCUCCACAUUAAGCCAAGCAAAUACUCAUCAUAGCUUUUUGCCAUCGGCAGUCGUUGCUACGAGCUCAACCAACGCAACAAGUAUCGGCAAUAGCAGUAACAAUAGCAACAGUGGCUACUUAACAACGGACGGGACCGCGAGGUCGACCGCGAACGCUCUGAUCACGCCUCUGGUCACGUCUCUCGCCACCAGUCUAGCAGCUAAUGGGAACGCUAAUGGCGCAGCAGCGGCCGCCAUUCUGGCAGCGGCUAGCAGAAAAGCUGCUACGCCACCCCUUGCUGUUAGCUUAGCAAAUGAUACCCUAGGGGUGCUGGGAAGCGCGUCUACUUUAACGCCCUUGGCAGCGCUGGCUUUAGCCCAUCAACGAGCAACUGCAGCAACUGCUCAAGCGGCUACCACGAUCCUCAGUUCUGCGACAUCGUCCGCGGCAAACUCAAGUCUUACAGCUACGUUGACUACCCUCACGGCACUUGGCCGCGUGGGGGCCGCAGCUGCAGGCGCGGCGCAGGCCGCCCAAGUGGCUCAGGCCAGCAUCGCACAGCUGCUCCAGCCAGACGGCAAUGUAAGCUCUGGUUCAUCGGCAUCGAUUCCACUUGUUGUGCCGAUAGGCCCGAUAACGCCGGCGGCGGGAACAGUUCACGAUACUUCAAGUCUCGUAUGCCAGUCAGCAAAAGCGUCACAGCGUACAAUAAAUGACAACUGCUUAAAACAAGAAGACGAUGUUAACCAGCCGGCUUCUGACAUUGAAACUGAUUCGAAAGCGGAGCUAAAGGAACUCGGAAGGGACCAAAAGCUCAUAAAAGAUUACAAUGGUCGGAUGAGUGAGGACAGAGGUGCUGGUGUUGAUGUCACUGGAUCUAUACGGUCGUCACCACCGCCGCCCGUACUAGAGGCCAUUGUGUCCUCAAUUGGACAUCAGCAACAGAGCCGAACUCUGAAACGCAAAGCAGAUUCUUCGUUCUCGACCUCCCCUUCAACAGCGAAAAGUAAAGUGCUUGUUGAGACAUCGGCAGCGUCUUCAGGUCUUCUUAGCCCAGCAGCAGCGCAUGGUAGCAUCACCAAGCGUGCGACCACAGCUUUGGACCUCGUAAACUCGCAGAAAGCCACGUCUCCCGUAGUCCGCGGCCGUGAUAACAGCAACAAAUCGAAAGGUUAUUCAAUGAAAACACGGGAAACUUACAACCAUGGGCGUCCUUUGGAGCCAAGCGCCGAUAAAGCUCAGCAGAGUCUACAUAAUUAUACAGGCGAUGUGAUUCACUUGCAAAAAGGAAUAUUGGCUAACAGCAAUAUAGCCGAUAAGUUGAAAAGUGACACAAAUCAUAAAACGGACGGCAGUUCGCCAGAGCUUAAGGAAGAGCAUGACGACAUUAUUGGAGAUAAGGAUAAAAGUCAAGGUAGCAAAAGGAAGGAAAAACCACAGCUUGAAGCAAACUUUAAUGAGUCUUUUUCUCAACGACUAGUCAGCACUAGUAGCAGUGGUGAUAAUGGUUAUACGGAUUCUACAAUGGCAAUUACUUCAAAACCUGGGACAAAUAUGGCCGCAGGGGACCAGUCUGUAUUCCCUCUUCUGACAUCGACUGUACCCAACAGUCGCCGGCAUAAUCCGCGUCGCUCCACACGAACGUCCUCAACAACUGCAUCAGCUGCCGCAAUAACGACGCCGGUGUCAUCAGUAACUUACAGCGUUCCACAACAGUUAGCGAACCAUAAGCAAAACGCAUUAUCAAUACAAUUAUCAUCGAUACGAACGCGCCAAAGAUCAGCCCAACAACGCUCACAAACGGACCACCUUCAACCCGAUGAGAACAAAUGCACCCUCGAGGACGCCAAUUUUACCGUAACAGCAGCAGGCCGCUGCGCUCCGUCGAAGACUAGCCACAGUUCUACGACACUAUCAAAAAACACUGAAAAUAUAUCGAGGAUUUCGUCGGGUGUAGAAGUGACGGUCAUUCUUCCGCCUCCUCCGAAGCUUACUCCGAAACCAAUCGACGAGGCAGAUGAGUGUCUAGCAAGUGGCAUCGAUAAUCAGCCCUCUAACCAAAAAAGAACCCCUCACCUUCGAGCUAAUGAGCGUCAGCUGCCCGACAGCUCUCUAACAUGUGAUCCAGUCGGCACAGGAAGCAGCAUCACUAGCACAAGCACUCUGACAGCUUCCGGAGCAAUUGCAGGCCCUUCAAAGAAGCGCGAAACGGCGGUUUUGGAGCCAAGUCAGGUAAAAGAGUAUACAUGUGAUCAAUGCCCAUGGCGAGGUGUUGAUGGAUGGGGUCUGCGUCGCCAUAUGAACACCCACCUAAAGCCGUUUCGUUGUCAACUCUGCGACUACAAAGCUGCGCGCUCCGAACGGUUGGGAGCUCACGUCCUUCGCGUUCACGGUAAACAUCUUUGCGCCAAGUGCGAAAAUCUGUCGUUUCCGGACGCAGCAGCUCUUGACCAUCAUGUGCGCACCGCUCACCGUUCGACGAAUCAGUAUACACGUCCUCUGCCAAAUGGAAAUUCGUCCGAUUUGGCCAGAAAUGCCAGUGGUGGAGGUUCAGCAUUUGAUGGCAUAACUUCGGUCGAGAAUAGCAACGGUAGACCAAUUGAAAGUAAGAAAAGUCCCCCAGAAGCUGCCGACACAAAUCCCGAAGUGGACAUCGACGACGAGAGUGGCGAAGGUGAACUUCUAGUCGAUGAUCGUUAUGAAGACGACAGCAAUUACCGAGAUUCCAGCCAAAUGAGAGAAAUCGAUGUUUCUGAUAUAACCUUGAAGCCUAGUAAAAAUGAAGUCGACCCUAACUCGGGCGCCGUAGCGGACCACGAUGCAACACUGCUUUUCAAAAAAACGCUUGACAACACUCCCAGCGAGGGUAUAAACCUUGCUAGUUGCUGGAAAACCAAUUUAGAACAGCUCAGUGACCCCAAUGAAGGCGAAAGUGAAUCUGAAUUCAUAUCUGAUUUUUCGAAUACCAAAAGAGAUCCUUCGUUAAAGUCUCAGCAGCUUGGGUUUGACUAUAUAAAAAAUAGAGGGCAUUUGGAACAAGUCUCUCACAAUCAAAGCGAGGAGAAGAAGCUGAAGGAGAAAAAGGAGGACGAGGAGGACAUGUCAAGUCCGGCGGAUGUUCUUCAGCUGGUUGACGAUCGUGAUGUCGAUGAAGGCGUAGAUACGUUCUUUUGCCCCUGGUGUAUUCUCAGUUUCGCUGAUAAGCUAUCUUUGGCAUACCAUUUGGAGACCAGGCAUCCGGGCGCACCUAUUGGAACCAAUACGUUUAUCUCGAACUCUGCUGAAAACAUGACCGGCGAAUUAAUUGAGACGUCACGCGCUAAGCAACAUCAUCAUCACGUACCUGCCUUCCCGUAUCAGUGCACUAUAUGCGGAUUCAAGUGUUUUACUCAGGGCACAAUAAUGGAACAUAUGCGAAUACAUUCAGGUCAAUUGGCCAGAUGUCGAGCAGAAACGGAGAGCUGUGAACACUCUCCUAGUGGACACGCGACUUCGGAUUCGAAAAAAAAGAUCAGUGAUCUUGGUAGCUCUACAUCAAAGAGGUCGUUAAGGUGCGGCUUUGUUUCCCCAUUUGAUUCGGAGUUAACUCGACACGUGGUUAACUUGCAUUUAGGGGGGCUCGGAGGGGUGUACGGUUCCGGUUGCGCAUCUCUGGGGGCUGACGGCGUUGCUGGCUUAGAAUCUAUGACGGGCUCGUGUCUGGCACGGGCACGCUGCGCCCACUGUGGCCUCGCAGUUAAUCGAAGCGAAGAACUGAUGCGACACGUCAAAAAAGAGCAUCAUAUUGCCCCACUCGAGUGCACACUUUGUCGAAAGGCAUUCUUAGAGUUUUUCCCGGAAUUUUACGGUCGCAUUUGCCCAUCUACGGCCCCCACAGCCGACCAAUACACCCAUAUCCCGCCACAUCUACUCCUUUGUCAUUCCUCAGCGGAACGUCAUCAACCACCAAAAAAACUGAAUAAAAAAACACGGCAAAGUAAUACUGAUAAUUAUAGUUGUCGCAAACGAUCUUCGGAUCUCGAUCUUCAGCCAGAAGACAAUGAUAUAUAUACGAGCGACGCUAGAAACACAUCUAAUCGAUCAGGCAACGACGAGCAUCGUUACAAUAAUGGUGAAGAUGACCUGGAAGAUGACAAUGAAGACAACGAAAGUGAGGCGAAAAGCCGCGACACUGAACGCUUUGAAGUGACAGAGCGAAGUGAUAAAAGUAUUGGGAGUGAAGGCCGAAGUAACAACGAUCAUGACGGCAACCCCCGUGGCUUCUUAUCUCGCCUUCUGACGUCGGUCUAUCGUCAACUCGCUGAACACAGAUCACUUGAUGCGACCACGGCGUCGAUCAUACUCAAUACUAUUCAUAAGCUGAACGAUCAUAAUAGUAAGAAAAAUAGUUGCAAUGAUAAUAACGGCUCAAUCAGUAUUUCUCACAGAGUAUCAAACUGUAAUCGUAAGGGGUCAAGCCCGUCACAGGAAGCAUGUAACGGUAACAUGGAUACAUACCAUGGAGAUACCAAUACUGAGAUUGAUAUCGUCAGUGAUUCAAAGGACGCACUACUAGCACAAUCGAAUGAAAUAGCAAUCCGAUCGCGAAAAAGAGCCACACGCCGCAGUGAACCAAGAAACGUCAUCAGAGCUAAAUCGCUAGCGAAGGGUCUCACCUACGGCUCCGUAUCUCGAAUGAGACCCGCUAUAAUAUCUCCCGUAGUUCCUUUCGCAGCGCAGACAAACAAACUUUGGAGUAAUAAACUGAGCACCGUCGAGGCUCGACUCAAAUUGGUCAGCACGGCUGAUGACAGGAAAAAGCAUAAGACCCAGUUGAUGGAAACGGCGUCGAUGGAAACAUAUAGAAGUGACCGAAAUAAAAACUUGAGACGCGGUGGCUCUCAGGGCCACUGGCUGCCAUUGCUCAGUCUAAGAAGAAAAACCCUUCGCUGUCCACGCUGCCCGAACCCAAACAUCUCUUUACGAACGCCCGGUGCAAAAAAGGUGCACGUCCUAGUCAAGCACCGAAUUCAAACCAGCGUAAGACGAAAUUUGUCCUGCUCAAAUAAUCCCCCCACUAAUCCGCUAGCUACACCUACGACCGUGCCCAGCUUCUCCAGAUCAUCAGCUAAUAAUAAUAGUCAACCAGAAAGCGGUGUUGGCACGCGACGAGCAAAAACUCGACUCAAAGAAGAGAAUGAAAAAGUCUCAUCGACUAAUGACGGCACAUGGAAGAACUCAAAGCCUGGCACGAAGACAGAUCAGCUCAAACAACAAAAACAACAACAACAACAACGAUAUAAUAAAUCGCGUACCACCGGAUCGUUGCGCCAGACAGAGCGCCCCCGUAGCUCAGGGCCGAGUCUAAGGAGUCGUAAAAAAUAGUAUCCAUUGUGUAAGUGUGUUUGACCAGUAAAAUCUAAAUGUCGUUAAAACAAACUUCGUUCAGUGACCUGUGAAAACGGUCCUCUUGCUCAUUCCGUAGGCCGGACCUACCGCUGAAUUACCAUUUAUAUGAUAGAAAACGAUUUCCCUUCAUAACAAGAGACUCAGCAGCUGCCAUGUUACACAUUUGGAUCGCUGUUAACGUUACCCCGUCCUGCCACGUAUCGGAACUAGUUGAUGGUGGCCUAUAUUUACACGCAAGUAUAAUAUACACCAUCGUUAGUCUGCGUUCAACUAUGUUGGGCAAGAAAAGUGUUACUCACUUAACUUUUCAAUUGUUAUAGCCAUCCACCAUUAUAGCAGAGUUCCCCUGAGAGACGAACCGAGGCACAAAGCAACAGUCAAGUGCACUCUCCAGUGGGGGCAUUGCGCAUCAUUCGAGAGUGAUACGUAGCUGUUAAUGAAUUUCUAGGCUUUUAAGAGUGAUUUCGGUCGGGUAAACAUGAAUUCCCACACCAAAAGGCGAUUCUUGUGUUUCUCGAGACAUCCUAAGCUUGUGAACGGGUACCUAGCAUCCUUCGCGGGGUAUAAUGAGACGAGCGCUAAUAAACUAUAGCCUAAUAACAUAACUAGACAAUUAAUCCUUAGCUAAAUAAAUGUACUGUUACCGUAAACAAGAGCUCCCUCUAUCAACAACGUAUGAAUGAUGAUAAUAAUAAAGAUAUAUAACGAUAACCCAUAGAGACCAAUUGAAAGACGACGAAAGUCGCAGAACCUAUCUGCACCUACAAGUAAUGUUGUUAAAAGCUGUUGCAGACAACGUGACCGGUUUUACCCAACAUAACAUAUAAAAUAUAUAAAUAAUAUACUUAAUACCUAUGAAUCGAAACGUUGUGUAUAAGAAGCGACCACAAAUGAAUCAUGUUGCCUUGUUUUUCGUCUGCUUAAAAUUAUCACCUGUUUGUUAGGUGAAAACGGAUGUGGGAUUUACUAGGGCAGCAGUACCAAGCAGCUGCCUUACGUGUUGAAAUUAAAAGUAAACCAAUCACAAUUUAAUUUUUGGCCUUA